CUCUUCAAGAAAAAUCCAAAAAACCCAAACCAAUCUCAAUUUCCGAUUGUUGGCUCCGUCAAUUAACAGUUUGCCCAGGAAUGAGUUUGGAAAAGGCUAAAUUAAUUCAACAACGAUUCCCCACAUUUGGUUCACUUAUUCAAUUUUAUAAAAAUGAGGGGAAGGAUAUAAAUGAAGAAAUUCCAACAUUGCCUGAAUCUAUAACGAAAGUAUUAAAUGUUUUUAUGAAGAGUGCAUUAAAAAAUGAUGAUUUUUAA